AUGAACAACGAUGACGUACCGCCCCCGGCGAUGGGUGAAGUUAAGAAGGCCAUUAAUCAGUUCAAGAACCACAAAGCAGCUGUUUUUCAGUACUUCAGUCAGUCGUACUGCACAUGUAUCGUUGGAUAUGGAACAGAGAGUGUAUUUUAUCCGAAACAUCAACAUCCAACGAUUUGGAUAAGCAUAGCUGAAGCAAACGAAGAUGUUCUUCUGACCAGUAUCGAAAAUGGUUGUCAAUCUUUCGUUCUGACCAACGAUGCUGCGUCACAGUUCCUGGAUCGAUUUCAAUAUAUUCAUGAUCGAACGAUGCAACAUUUUCCGAAUAAGAAAGUCAUCAUUCUCAUCAGUUCCGAAUCUAACCAUUCUGCAAUGGAACAUUUGAUCAAACAUAAGGUCAUUCACGAUGUGCCAAGUUUAUUAUUCCUAUUUCCAGCCAGUACAGAUCGUAUUGAUCUGUUUACGAAUAGAUUUACGAGUCGUGAGAAUUUCCAUGAUUUGAUCCUCCUUGAUAGCUAUAUUCCCUCGCAGGAUGUUUUCCUCAUUGGGAACAACCUUUUUCAAGAUAAACUGAACGAUCUGGAGGGGAAAUUCGUGCGUUUGGCUAUAUUCAAUUACUCACCAUACACUCUUUGGAAUGAGGUGUAUCCAACGGAUAAUUUCAAUGCAUAUUACAACCAGAAACCAGUUCUACACACAGAUGGUACCGAAUCAAAAGUGUUCUUGGAGUUCUGCGCUAAAUUCAAUUGUAGCCUUGAUAUAUCCUUGGACGAAACCGGAGAAUGGGGCGAAAUUUUCGACAAUCGAACAGGAAAUGGAAUUAUAGGGGCAGUUGUCGAACGUAGAGCUGACGUAGGCGUGGGCGCGCUGUAUUCAUGGUUCCAUGAAAGUAUGUUUCUGGCAUUGUCUAAGCCAAUUUCCAGAACUGGAGUAACCUGUAUUACGCCAAAACCAAGUCUGCUGAGUGGAUGGAUGACCCCGAUUCUGCCAUUCUCCAAAUAUUUGUGGAUUGCCGUUCUGGCGACGUUUGUGAUUUCGACCAUAAUCCUGCUCUUCAUGAAUUAUGUGGUGUACAAUGUGAUGCUGAAAACUAAUCAUCGGUUAGAUGUGUCUGAAUCAUUCAUGGUAGUCGGCAGCAUUUUCAUUCUGCAAACAGUCCUGCUACGAAUCAACCGCAACAAAUUCGUUUCACAGAUGGUUCUCUUUGCGUCAGUUCUUUUUGUAGGUCUUAUGGUGGGAAACGCGUAUAGUGGAGGAUUGUCUAGUGUUAUGACAAUCCCGCGCUACGAGCCACCAAUCGAUACAAUACAAGAAUUGGCUGACAGCGAUAUGAUCUGGGCGUCUACACAUGAUGCUUGGAUUUUUUCGAUCCUCAUGGCAACACAACCAACAAUUAUUAAACUGCUACAAAAUUUCCAGACCCAUACGAAAGAGGUCCUGCAUGGACAUACUAAAAGAAGAGAUAUCAGCUACAGCAUCGAACGGUUACCAUAUGGACACUUUGCCAUCGGCGAAUACAUUGAUGAAGAGGCAUCACAUGAUUACCAUCUGAUGGUAGAGGAUAUAUACUGGGAGAACUGCGUGGCCAUGUCCACCAAAACGUGGCCCAUGAUAGAACGCUUGGAUGAGCUAAUUCUGGCCAUUUUCCAAAGCGGCAUACAACGCUAUUGGGAGCAACAGGUAGUUUCAGAAUACGCCAACGGUAGGGUACAACUGGCUAUAGCCACAUCUCGCCAUCGGGAUAGCAGUGGACCAAUAAAACUGCAACCAUCUCAUCUGCUGGGCGCGUUCCUUCUGCUAGCUAUCGGAUUGGUUAGUGGUUUUUUUGUAUUCUUGCUCGAAGUGAUAUACAGCAAUUUGCAACAAAGGAAAUGGAAAACAUCAAAAAAGCAUGUGUGCAUAACACAGCUAGAAUAUUAGGUUAUUUCAAUCAUUCCUUUCCGGAGUAGUUCCUCUUCGUCCAAGGACAUUCGCACCCGUUGCCACAAACUUUAUGAACGUUUCCAUGGUUUGGCCAUGAUUUUUAUUGAGUCCCGCAUAACAAAAAUGGGAAUAGUAGUUUCAGUUGUAGAUUAAUGUUAGCCGCAGAAAUAGUUAUAAUUAUACCUCUUAUUAGUCUGGGUUACACAAAAACGGAAUUUUAUUUCUAGGGUAGAGGUUUAUUUAGCUUACUAAAGCUUAAUACUAACUUAAUAUAAGUAAAUGAGCCUAUGAAUCGUGUUCAGAACGAUGUUAUAUGGGUUCUGUUCACAUUGAAUGUGAAUA